AAAAUAACACUAAAAAUUGGAUAAUUUUAUUGCCACUCAACAUGGAUAUCCAUUCCAUUUGUCGGAUUUGUCUGGAGUAUUUGCAAAAUGACAAUGCCUAUAAUUUAUUCCUGGUCGCUGGAUUAAAGAAAAAAUUGUGUAUGUGUACGGCAUUGUCGGUGGAGGAGAAUGAUGGCUUUCCCAAGAACAUUUGUGGGGUCUGCUAUACUCGGCUCAAUGAUAUGGCCGAUUUCCAGAAACUUUGUGUCGAUUCGGUGCAGAAAUUUCAGGAGCUGGUGGCAAGUCAUGUUGUUACCACUUUCCCACCCAACACCUUUGAUAUGAUGGAGGCAGCCCCGGCCACUGAACCAAUUGAGGGGGUACAAUUGGGUCUGCAAGAUGAGGAUGAGGAUAAUUUGAAUUUCGAUCCCUUGUUGACAAAUCAUAAAAUGGAAAUGAUUGAAAACGAGGAAGAUGUAUUUAAGAUGUUGGAAAGUGUGGACAAGGAGGAACCCGAAGAGGAGGAUGUUGAAACGAAAAUUGAAAAGGAGGAUGUCAAUGACUCAAACAGCGAGGAAUCAAGUGGUGAUGACAAGGAUAGCGAUUUUGAGUAUCAAUUUGGUGGUGAAAAUGAAAACGACGAUGAUGAUGACAGCGACAGUGAUGAUGACAAACCACUGGCCACAAGAGUCAGACACAUUAAGAAGGAAUAUAAGGAAGUUCAAACGGAAGAUGAUGAACCCAAGGAUCCCAAGGUGAAGCCCAAACGUAAGCGUAUACCGGCAGCAGAACGUCACUUGCAUCGCAUCAUUGAUUGUCACAUUUGUCAUCAGAAGUUCAAGAAGACCAAAAACUAUGAGGAACACAUGAAAUUCCACAACGAUAAGCUGCCCUUCCAAUGCGAAGUGGAAAACUGCAAACGUGGUUUCACCACCGCCUAUGGCCUUCGUUUGCACGUUGAGCAUUGUCACGAUGAAACCGUAGAUAAGAUUCCUUGCACACAACCAGGUUGUGAACAGAAGUUCACUCGUCGUCGCAUCUUAAACUGGCAUUUGAAGAGGGUACACAAAAUCGCCAAGGAGGAUGUACCCAAGUCGUAUCCUUGCACCGAAUGUGAUAAGGUAUUCAAGUGUCCCAUGGCUUUGAAGAAACACAUGUUCAAACACACCGGUCAGGAGUUGCCAUUCCCCUGUAACAUCUGUGGUAAACGUUUCGUCAUCAAUAGUGCCCUCAAGGACCAUCUUAUGCGACAUGCCGGAAUCAAGAAUUAUGUCUGUCCCUAUUGCGGUGUGGGUAAGACCACUCGCCAGGAAUGGAAUACACACAUAGCCACCCACAACACUGAAAAGAAAUUCAAGUGUGAGCUGUGUCCUCAUGCCUCGCACAACAAACAAAAUCUGCGCAUGCAUGUACGAGUGGUGCACGAGAAGAUCAAGGAUUAUGCUUGCCAAUACUGUGGCAAGACAUUUGGCAAAUCGAAUGCUUGUAAAAUGCAUGAAAUGACCCAUACGGGUGAAAAGAAAUGUGAGUGUAAGGUUUGUGGCAAACGUUUCCUUUAUCCAAAGGGCCUGACCAAACAUUUGAAGACCCAUGAGAAGAGGGUGUUGCGUGCUAUUGAAGUGUAUCGUAAGCGACAAGUUCAAUCAGGUGAAUUGCCAGCAGAGCAGGCGGAAACUAUUCCAGAAUUACCCGAUCCCGAUAACACCCAGGAAUCCCAUCAAAAAGUGGCAGAAGAAAUUCUCAAAGUUUGUGCUGAUUCAGUCAAUUCCAUUCCAAAAGACCCGAGACGGGUUGAACGAGUUGACAUUGCCGAUUUGGCUGGUACUGCUGUUAAUCCUAUACCCCAGUUGGCAUUGCCAUCAUGGUCGCCACAAAUUAACUUUAUGAUGAAGGAGGGCAAAUACACCUGUCCCGACUGUGGCCAAGGUUUUAAUGGCUCCGGAAAUCUAAGAAGACAUCACAAAAUUGUCCAUCAGGGUGUAAAGGACUUUGCCUGCCGAUUCUGUCCCAAACGAUUUGCUAAAGCACAAACCUUGAAACAUCACGAAAUGACACACACCGGCGAGAAGCCACAUGGCUGUGAUCAGUGUGGCAUGCGGUUUAUACAAGUGGUUGCCCUAAAACGUCACAUGAAGGUUCAUCAGGACCGUCCAACAUAUGUCCCCUCGACAGUAUAUCAGGCAAAGGAAGAAUUGGCUCUACAACAUCGUGAUAAAUUGGAAGCGAAACGCAAAGCACAGGCAGAACGUGAAGCUAUUGCUGAGGAAGCACGCAAACAAUUGGAAGAACUACGACAGCAAGAAGAAGAGUUGCAACGCAAACAACGGGAAGCAUUAGAAAAUAUACCCAGAGCCAUUCCUAAGGAACGAUUGCCACCCGGUACUGAUAUUUCCAUUGCCACAAAUGUAUUGCCAACCGAUCUUAUUAGUCGUGAGGCGGCAGCCGAAGAAGCUCGCAAGCAAUUGGAAGAGAUAAGACGUCAAGAAGAAGAUUUACAACGUCGACAACGUGAAGCUUUUGAAAAUAUACCCAAAGCUAUUCCCAAGGAACGUCUGCCACCUGGGGCAGAUAUAUCAAUUGCCACAAAUUUAUUGCCAGGCGAAUAUAUUCCACCACCACAAGAAAAUCAUCCAGCAGCAACCAGUAAUGACAACAUGGGUUAUAAUCAGCAUCAUCAAGAUAAUGUAGGCGAUAUGAAUUAUAGAUAA